GUCAGCCGAGUGCGAAGGCGUUUGCCUCUGUUAUCCGAGUGCGAGAGCGUAUCAAGUCGGAUGCGUCAAGAGACAAUGCAGUAAACAUUACCUUGUUCUCGGAAAGAGCAAAAAGCGUCAAUUGCCAUGCCUGCUAAUGAAUAUCACGUUAUACUUGUUUUUAGCACUUGCGAGUGUUAUACGUGGACAAACAUUGAUCCGACAUCGUGGUACGUUAUCCCCUCAUCACACAUCAAUCAACUCAUUCUUACUGCCCACCGUAUCAAUAAUAUCCGCCUCAAUACCCCCAAGGAGAAGAAUUGGAAAGCCUUUGUAUAGAAUUAACGAUGGACGUACCCAAGGUACUGAUCAUGAUGAGCGACGCGGGCCACGAUCCCACUGAGACGGCCGUCCCCUAUGCUGCUUUUAAAGAAGCAGGCUUUGCAGUCCAAUUCGCUACGGAAAGUGGAAAGACCCCAGAGUGUGAUAAGAGGAUGAUGGAAGGCGUUACAGGGAAACUUCUGGGAGCAAAACAUGCCGUGGUGAAGCAAUACAAGGCCAUGCUCGAGUCAGACGAGGCUCGAUAUCCGUUGUCAUGGACUGCACCGGGUUUCUCGCUCGACGAUUAUAACCUCGUACUCUUACCUGGCGGACAUGACAAGGCUGUGCGACAAAUCAUCGACUCCAAGGAGGUGCAUAGGCUCAUGCUCGACUACUUCCCCCGUACGAAGAAGCCGAGCAACAAGGCCGUAGGUGCCAUCUGCCAUGGCGUCAUGGUGCUGUCGUCUGCCAAAGGCAAUGAUGGGCAGAGCGUGAUCCACGAGUGCACCACGACCACUCUACCGGGCUUGUUCGAGAGCUCCGUAUACUGGGCUACCAGGGCGUUUCUUGGUGAUUACUACAAAACAUAUGGCGCUGGCAGCGAGAACACGGAAGAUUCUGUCCGUAAUAGCCUCGCUGAUGACAAUCAACAGUUCAAGGGAAGCACCAGUCUUAAUCCCUUUGUUGUCAGUGAUGACGAGUAUAACUAUGUCACCGCAAGAUGGCCCGGCGAUGCGGACCUAUUUGCUAAAACCUUAGUAGAUCUUGUGCAGGAGUCUCAAUAGUGAUGUUAUGGCAUUGGGGAAUCAUAUCGCAAGUGUGUUUGGUGAGAGCCAAAGACAUUGGGGGCGAGGAAACCAGAGUACCUAGGCCAUUAAUGUGGCGGCUAAAGCUAUCGCUUUCGCUUGGGUCCGGCCUUAAAGCUUGUUUUGUUCGGCGGUAGUGCUGGUGCGACCGUAGAUGGGGUGAAAGUCAGCAGCACAGUCAUCAACAGAAGAUCACAUAGAGGACCCCCCGGAGCGUUCUUGAGGCAGCCGCGGGGAUUCUCGUAAUAGGUCAAAGCUUUCGGUAGGCUAGUGGCAUACAAGUAGCGAGUCAACUCUAUCCGUCUCUCGACGCAGAGACCUUUAAACUAUUUAUCUUUAGCACCUCAACUCAGAAUCAGAAGUCUUAC